AUGACCCGUAGCCAGUCGGGAGAUCUACUACCAUUAGACCAGGAGCUUGAACGAACCUGCAUGAACUUCAAGCGGGCUCUAAAGGCGCGACUGGAUGCGAAAGAAGAGCUAGCACAGCUGCAGAUCAAAGAAGAAGAAGAAGAAGAGAUGGGGGAUCCACAGGACCAUGAUGUGGUCCUUCCUGAGGAGCAGACCAUGGGAUAUUACUGGACCGCAAGGGCCGCAGACAUGAGGUCACCAAUUCAACACCCUCAUGUCCCAGCCAACAAUUUUGAGUUGAGCACCUCAGUAAUCACCAUGCUGCGCGGUUUAGUGGUGUUCCGUGGCAAAGAAGGGGAGUGCCCCCGAUCACAUCUCAGGCGAUUCCACGAGCUCAUCGAUGGAAUCAAGAUAAAUGGGAUCCCAGCAGAUGCCAUCAAGCUGAGGUACUUCCCAUUCACCCUGGAGGGGCAGGCCAAGGAGUGGCUAGACACUCAACCUCCAGGCUCUAUCACCACGUUCGCCAACCUGGCGGACAAGUUCCUCACCUGCUACCAUCCUCCAUCCAUGACGGCGGACCUGCAGAAGCAAAUUACCCAUUUUGCUCAGGAUGAGGAUGAGACCAUCAGGGAUGCUUGGGAGAGAUACACCAGUCUCUUCCUCAAGUGUCCCAACCAUGGUUUACUGAUGCCUUCAAGGUGGGAACCUUCUACCAUGCUCUCUUCCCGGAGGACAAGCAGCUGA